AUGUCGUCCUGCCUCGGAUUCCGCAAGUCAAAGUCCGACGAUACGGAGCCCUUACUACCCCAGUACCGCGAUGACACGGUCCUCCAGCGUGAGCUUCAUCAGAAGCUGCACUCGUAUCAGAUGAUCAGAGCCCUGGCCGAUGGAUACAUGCCCUCAAAUGAACAGCUGGUCAUCAACCUCAGAUCUUUGCUCUCUUCCGAUGUCCUGAACCCCACUGAUCCUAACCUCAGUGAUUCGGGAAGACGUCUAUCCAAAUUCACAAAACAGUGGCUGAAGGACUUCAUCGAGUUGCUUGUACACAAGAACAGCGAGGACCAGAUUCAGGAUUUCAUCUGGUCAUUGACCCAAUCCAGAGUUCACGUCGACGUAGAGGAUCUAGCACAAAGAGCCUACAAGGCCCAGUCGAAGGCCAAGACUGCUGCUGUCGGAUCACUUCUUCUUACUAACUCGGAUUUCCGCAUCUUCCUCUCUGACUUGAACACUGUUGGUCGUGAAGUUUUCAAGGAUGCUGCCUUCUCGCUGUCAAACGUCGCAGAAGAGGCGGGCAAGAAGAUUGAGCCAUCGCAACAAGAACAAGCCAAACUGACAAAACCCGGCGCCGACUCUGGACCGCCACCUUCAGGCAAGGAUCUUGGAAACGAUGUUGCAGAUGUCUCCAAGGUUGUAGCAAAUGGAGUUGCUCAGGUCGCUCAAGACACUGAGCAAAGUGCUGAGGAGAAGCUUUCUGGUGAUGAAGGUCAGGUCAUGAUGAACCGUUUGAAGCAGGCAGUCAUGCAACUCAGAAAGCGCCCCGAUUACAACGAAUCCGUCUCGACUCUCUCCACCCUGCUCAAGCGUUACGCCGUUGCUUACUCACGCUCUGUUGAGGAGACUGUCAAUGCUCUCGAAGAGGAUGUGCAUGAGAAUGCUGAGAUGGAUAAGGCUAGUAAGAACUUCUGGUCUUUGCUCUCAUCCUUCGGAGACCGUGAGGCUUGGAAGAAGCUUGAAGAGGCAUUCAAGAAGGUUGUUUCGCACUCUGAGAAGGACCCUGACUUCGAGAACCUCAUGGUGGAUAUUGGCAACUCGCUCCAGACUCUUCUUACUGACCCUGACUUUUUCGACACUGCUCGCGAGAAGUUCGAUGAGCUUCGUGAGAAGUCUCGCAAGGUUGGCUCAGAAUCCGACCUCCGUACCGACAUCGACAACUUCCUUGGACAGCUUCAAGAGACUUUGGUCUCUGUCUUGCACGACGAAGAUGUGGCCAAGCUCAUGCAGCACAGUCUCAAGAUCUUCCACAUUCUGUCGCCUCUUCAUAACGCUACAAACCCGGAGCUCAUUACUGAUGCCAUCAACAUUUUCAUUCCUCUGAUGAUCGCCGCUAUCCAAUAUGUACCCAUUCCUCGUGUGGAGAUCAGCAAUCCCGACAUUGAUCUCUUGCUUGAGAACCUGAUCAUUGAGCCCGGCAAGACGGUCAACCACUCCUCGUUCUUGCCUUACAAGCUCCGCGUGGAGACUUACAACGACUUUGAGAUCCGCAAGGCCAGAUUCCGUACUACUUCUACCUCGUCUCAUCUGGUCACCAUAAAGAUUGAUGGUAUCUCUGCCCGUGCUGAGGAAGUUGGCUUCUGGAUGCGCGCCCACUCCGGUCUCUUCAGACUAGCUGAUGAGGGUAUCACAUCCUUCGCUCUUGAUGAGAAGGGCCUGGAUAUCCACCUUGAUGUCGAGAUUGCAAAGGAUAGAAUGGAGUCGAUUCUCAGCCUUAAGGCUGUUCGCGUUAAUGUUCACAAGCUCGACUACACUUUGCGCAAGAGCAAAUUCUCCUGGGUCGCUUGGCUCGUCAAGCCUAUCCUUCGACCCAUUGUUCGUAAGGUCAUGGAGAAGCAGAUUGCUACCGCUAUCGCAGACGCCUUGCACACCGCCAAUCGCGAACUGCUCUACGCUCGCGAGCGCCUGCGUGCUACUCGCGUUGCCGACCCUAACGACCUCGUCACCUUCUUCAAGGCGAUUGCAGCACGCCUGCAGCCCGAGGAAGACCCAGACCUCUACACUCGCAUUGGCGUUGCUCAGCCUGGCAAGGGUGUCUUCAAGGGCAAGUACGCACCUGGAAGUGUGGUCAAGCUUUGGAACGAAGAGGCUGCUCAUGCGGAGGAGAGAAUCCAGGAUGGCUCUGAGGUCAGAGGCUGGAGAAACGAUGUCUUCAGCUUGUUGGCUGUCUAG